GUAUUUAAAUUCGUAACAAUUGUUACAUUCAACGUAUCUACAACUACAGUUUUGUUCUUGAGCAGAUACAACCAUGCUGUUGCUAGAACGUAUCCCAGAUCAAAUUGGAUACUUGGUUUUAACAGAGGAUGGUGCAGUAUUAACGUCUGGAGGUGAACUGGAAAACGAUGAAAGGAUUGCAAAUAUUAUUGUAGGUUUAGUUACAUUGACCAAUAAGAUUGAUCCUAAAGGAUUUCCUAGCAAUGAAGCUUUCAACAAAAUAUCCAUAACAUAUCCAGAUCAUUGCUAUAUUAUUUGUCUUUCAAAUAAAAAAAUUCACGUAGUUAAAAAAAGAUUAAUUUCUGCAACCACUGCAGUUGUAGAACAGCAGCCUUUGCUUGAUGUAUAAAUGGAAACAUUACAAAGUUGUAUAAAAAUAAGAUUGUUUAUGAACAUAUAGAUGUGAAAUAACU